UUUCUUCCCCAGAAUCUCCAAAUUCUCUUCCUGCGACUUCAUUUAAACAAUCUCUACCAAUCUUCCCUCCUUCUCUCUCGUUCUUUUAUAGUACGCUAUCUUUGUGACCGUACUCAAUUUCUAGUCUCUCAUAUAGUUAAUUCACCUUUACCACAGCCAAGAUGCAGCGUGCUCUGUCUUCACGAGCGCGGGCUUCGGUCCUAUCUUCUGCGGCUACUAAAUAUCGAGCUGGUGCGGGACUGUCACAACAGGUCCGAUUUGCGCACAAGGAACUGAAAUUUGGUGUGGAAGGCCGAGCUGCUUUGCUUGCUGGUGUUGAGACCCUCGCUAAAGCCGUUGCCACCACACUCGGUCCCAAGGGUCGCAACGUACUAAUUGAGUCGAGCUAUGGCUCUCCCAAGAUCACAAAGGAUGGUGUCACCGUCGCAAGGGCUAUCAGCCUACAAGACAAGUUCGAGAACCUUGGCGCCAAAUUAUUACAAGACGUCGCAUCCAAGACAAACGAAUCUGCUGGUGAUGGAACUACAAGUGCCACUGUUCUGGCUCGGGCUAUCUUUUCGGAAACCGUCAAGAACGUUGCUGCCGGUUGCAACCCCAUGGACCUACGACGUGGUACCCAGGCCGCUGUUGACGCUGUGGUCGAAUACUUACAAAAGAAUAAGAGGGAUAUAACUACUAGUGAAGAGGUUGCCCAGGUUGCCACCAUCAGUGCGAACGGAGAUACCCACAUUGGCAAGCUCAUUGCCAACGCUAUGGAGAAGGUCGGCAAGGAGGGUGUUAUCACCGUUAAGGAAGGAAAGACGAUGAAUGAUGAGCUAGAGGUCACUGAAGGUAUGCGAUUUGACCGCGGAUAUGUCUCCCCCUACUUCAUUACCGAUGCCAAGGCACAGAAGGUUGAGUUUGAGAAGCCUCUCAUUCUCCUUUCUGAGAAGAAGAUUUCUGCCGUCCAAGACAUCAUCCCCGCUCUCGAGGCUUCCACGCAACUGCGAAGACCUCUCGUCAUUAUUGCCGAGGACAUUGAUGGAGAGGCCCUGGCUGUCUGCAUCCUAAACAAGCUUCGAGGUCAGCUCCAGGUCGCUGCUGUCAAGGCUCCUGGCUUCGGUGACAACCGAAAGUCCGUCCUCGGGGACAUUGCUGUGCUUACCAAUGGUACUGUCUUCACUGAUGAACUCGACAUCAAGCUAGAAAAGGCUACCCCUGAUAUGCUUGGUUCCACCGGCUCUAUUACCAUCACAAAGGAAGACACCAUUAUCCUGAACGGCGAGGGUAGCAAGGACUCUAUUGCUCAACGAUGCGAACAAAUCCGUGGCGUCAUGAGCGACCCCAACACUUCCGAGUACGAAAAGGAGAAGCUACAAGAACGACUUGCUAAGCUUUCCGGUGGUGUUGCUGUCAUCAAGGUCGGUGGCUCUUCUGAGGUCGAGGUCGGCGAGAAGAAGGACCGCUUCGUCGAUGCCUUGAACGCUACUCGGGCUGCUGUUGAGGAAGGUAUCUUGCCUGGUGGUGGUACCGCUCUACUCAAGGCUGCUAGCAAUGCUUUGAAGGAUAUUAAGCCUGGUAACUUUGAUCAGCAACUCGGUGUCAGCAUCGUCAAGAACGCUAUUACCCGACCGGCUAGAACGAUUGUCGAGAACGCUGGUUUGGAAGGUUCUGUCAUCGUUGGCAAGCUCAUGGACGAGUUUGGCAGCGACUUCAACAAGGGAUUCGACAGCGCUAAGGGAGAAUACGUAGAUAUGAUCCAGGCUGGUAUCCUCGACCCCCUCAAGGUUGUACGAACUGGUCUAGUCGAUGCUAGCGGUGUUGCGUCGCUACUGGGCACCACCGAAGUGGCCAUCGUCGAAGCACCCGAAGAGAAGUCUCCCGGUGGCGGCAUGGGUGGCGGCAUGGGAGGUAUGGGUGGCAUGGGCGGUAUGGGCGGAAUGGGUGGAAUGAUGUAACGAGUUCAUGAAUGAACUCUUGUCAUGUAUUAAAAAGUUUGGGAUCGGGAAGCAUUGACCUCGGUGUUACGCGGACGGUUUAAACGUGGCUUUUCAUGUCUUUUACACAUCUCUCAUCUUCUCCCCUCUCCCCUCUGCCAUCUUUCACCCCCCCUCUAUCCCUCCUUGUACUUUGUUCAUACCCUUCUUGAUAUCCCGAACGGCGUUGCAAAAAAGGGUUGUAUACUAGAGCUACAAGUUACGAGCCACGAACUGGCUACCUCCGUCUUGGUAGCUGAUCAUAAUCGAUCUGAUGAUUGAAAAUACGGAUUUCUACUUUCUUAGGCAUCAAAUUUCGGGUUAUUGACAGGUAGACACUUCUGCCUAGCCAUUGAGAUGACAUUAUGUUGUGAUAUGUAUGGGAUGACGAAUCCCAUGUGGCUCAUUCUGAAUAGUAGCUCGGUAGUGGCGGUAAGUAAGGUACUAUGUAUUGUACUGUACCUGACAGCGCUAGCGCUACCUUGACGCCCAAGCAAUUAUAUGAUUUGGAACAAGGGGGAAUGACCAAGGGAAUAAAGAAAACAAAGAGCAUCCAUAGGUUGUAUGUAAGUCGUAGAACAAUAACUAUAUUGAGAAAAGUCACGUGUUAAAAAUGUGAUGAAAUUUUAGAAAUUUAGAAAUUUUGUUGCCCGUCACUCGUUGCCCGAUGGUCGACCCAGU